CUUCGCACAACCCCAUGCCGGCAGCGCGCCCCGACGCUUAUAAGGCGCACAAUGCCAACAUCUCAGGGCAAACACCUCUUGAAUGAUAUAAAGCAUAACAGUCGAGGACAACGGUCGCGUCACAUACUGAAACAAUCAACAAGCAACGACCAUCGUUGCCCCGAACUUGGACCGACCGCUUACCCUUGAAGAACUGGUGAAGCCACGCUUGUGUAGCCACAAGGUGUGUGGUGCUGCUGUCGCCUCUUGCUGCCAGUGAAGGACUCUCUGACGGCUUGCGCUAAACACCGGACAUCGUCUCCGGCUCCCACCAUGGGCGCGGGAACAAGAACAAGGACACUGCAGUCGCCAUGGCUGCUGGUGGCCGCGCUCAUCCUCCUAGUGGUGCCAGGCGGUCUGGCCCAAGCGCCUGUGUACCCGCCCGCCCCGGCGCCGCCGUCGCCUGCGCCCGCACGACAGCCCAGCCCGCCGUCACCGAUGCUUGCUUACCCGACCUUCCCGGACCCGCCGGCCCCGACUCCCCCCUCGCCGCCCGGCCCUCCCCCGCCCUCCCCUUCGCCCCCCUCGCCACCGCCCCCGUCGCCCCCUCCCCCCUCACCGCCGCCGCCGCCUCCCUCGCCGCUGCCCCCUUCCCCGCCGCCCCCUUCCCCCGCGCCUCCUCCUGCCGGCACUCCUCUCUCCGGCUCCGUGUACCUGCUGGGCAGUGUCGCCCAGUGCACGGGCAAGGCGGGCCCCCCCGGUGAGAUGCUCGACGUCAGCGUGGACGCCACCGGCGCCCUGAGCGGCAAGGGCACGGCUGUGGGCUACUCCAAGGACCUGACCGUGUCCGUGUCCGGCACGACCUGUGCCGACAGCUUCACAGGCCUACCGGUCCCCUUUGCCCUUGUGGCACCUUGGGCCUCGCCCGCCUCCUUCGUCGACGGCGUCUCCGGCAUCGUCGUGACGCCCGCCACCCGCCUGCUGGCGGCGACCAAGCCCACCGACCCCUCCCUCACCGCCGCCUACGCGCUGGUCGGCGUCAGCGUCCCCGCCGGCACGCUCGCGACCAACGCCGGCCCCGUCUCCGCCCUCAGGUCCGCCAUCGCCGCCACGCGCCGCACGGGCGUGCGCAUGCUGUUCGCUGACGCCGCCCUGGCCUCCCUCGCCACCGUCGCCUCGGCUGCCACCACCUCCGCCUGCGGCAGCGCCACCGCGGCCGCUACUGCCGUCUUCAACGCCCUCGCGGCACUCACCACCGCCAACGGCUCGGUCGACCUCUUCCGCGCUGACCUGGCUAGCGAGAUCGUGACCGCCGCCGCCACGGCCUGCGGCAAGGACGCGCCUGCUUCCGCCGCCUCCGACGCGGCCACGCUGUACGGCAAGGUUGUCUCCGAGCUCAACGCACCCGCUGACGCCACCCGUGCCGCCGAGUUCGUCUCCGUUCCUCUCGAGGCCGCCGCGCUCGCAGCGCGCGUGCUGGCUGUGGUGCAGACCCGUGGCGUGGCUGCGGCCGCCAACUGGGCCGCGGAGCUGGACGCCGUGUCCAUCAGCCGUGCUGCCAUCUCCUCCACCCUGGCUGUCAGCCCCGUGCUGCCCAGCACCGCCGUGAACCUGCGCCUCAACGUGCGCGCCGCCGGCCCUCUGUCCCAGUGCCCGGUGUCGUACAAGGACUUCACCAGCCCCACCAGCCCCCGCAGCCCCACCACCAGCGACGCCGGCGUUGUGUCGAUGAGCCAAGUCACCGUCGGCAUUGCCACGGUCCCCGGCGGCUGCAAGGACAACGCCCUCUCCUCCGUCAACCGCACCGUCUCCUCCAAGUUUUCCAUGCGAGCGCUCCUGCCCCCCGGCGUCGAGAACGCCGCUCUAGACGUGGUUGCAUACCUUGCCUCCGCAGUUUUCACCAUGGACCAAGCGCGCUCCCUGAAGGAGGAGAGCGCGCCGCCGCGCCUCAUCAACGUCGAUGAUUACAAGAAGGUCUACAACGCGCUCGGCGUGACUGACGCGCUGCCGGCCGGCACUGACUUUGCCCGCCAGAACUGGGUUUCCACCACCCUUACGGGCGCCAACCUCAUCGCGCGCGCCUAUUUCCUGAACCAGAAGCUCCAGGGCGCGCUGGGUCCCACGUGCGGCUUCCUGGCAGGCCUCACGCGCGGCAAGCGCACCGUUGACGACGUGGCGGCGUCCUUCGUGGACCGCCUAGCCUCCGACCUGAUUGAUGGCACCCUCCGCCUAGACGACAAGACCUACCUGAACGGCCUCAUGCGCGCCUAUCUCACCAACGGCGCCAACCUGCCCGUCACCUUCCCCUCCGCCAAGUUCGGCAGCAGCGCCGUCGGCCGCCGCCUGCUCCAGGCCGACCCCACCGCCACUGAUGACCUGCUGAGCUUCGACCUCGAGCAGCUGGGCGCACUGCUUGACUCGGUCGCCACCGCCGUCGCCGACAGCUCCAACAAGCUGGUGCAGCUGGAGCAGGAGGUGGCGGCGGCCGCGGCCAGCGGCACCCCCGUCAACAUCGCAGAGAAGCUGCAGCAGGCCGCCCAGGUCGCGUCCGUGCAGCAGUCCUCUCUAUCCGACUCCCUCACCACCCUGGCCCAAGAGGUGGCGGCGGCGGUCGCCGCCAACGACACCGCCGCCCUGGCCACCAAGCUCCAGAGCGCCACCGAUGCCAUCAAGGCUGACUACGCACCCGAAAAGCUCACAGCCAUGAUCCAAAGCGCCCAGGUCAACACCGCUGCCAUCAAAACCGUGGCCGAGGCCGGCACCGCCGUCGACCCGGCGCCGCCCAGCAGCGACUCCGGCAGCGGCAUCAGCAGCGGCGCCAUCGCCGGUGCGGUCGUUGGUGCCGUGGUGGGCUCCGCUCUCACCGCCAUCGUGGCGCUGAUUGUGAUCAAGCGCCGCCGUGACGAGCACCGCACCGCGCCCUCCAACCACAACAGCCCCGGCAUCAGAGCCGUCGCUUCGGGUGCCCUCGUCGAUGCGGCGGCGCCUGCCGCCGGUGCCGUCCCCGCCGUCGCCGGCGGCGGACCCGGCAGCGCUCGACCGGCCGCCGCCGUCGCCGGCCCCAGCAGCGCUCGCUCCGCCGCCCCCACCAGCCACCACCACGUGGAUGUUGAGAAGGGCGCUGGCGGUGCCGCGGGCUCUUCUGACCCUGACCGCAGCCCGCCUGCUGCUGACGCUGCCCCGGCCGGCCGCACCGCCUCCGGCCGCCUCAACGUUGUGCACCCGAUGCCGGUGGCGGAGUCGAGGAGCCGCAGCCCCUCUGCAGGCUUUGCGCCGUCUCCUCGCGGCCUCGCAGUAUCCGGCGGCUGGGACGUCGCCGCGUACUAAACGAGCUACGCUGGCAGCUUGAUGCCACUAAAGCUUACGACAAGUCUUGCAGUGUGCAUGAGGUUUAUUCCUAAUAUAUCUAUUUAAGAGAUUCAUGGCGAUGUACCGCGCCGACAGUGCGUAAGCGCCUGCGGCAGGCGCGCGUGCCAACCUGCUGUGAACAUGCAGAGCAUGCAUGCUGACUGCCGGUGUCGUGAAAGUGGGACCAGGCCCGGCUAGUGCGCUUCUGGGUGCGUGGGGGCAAGUACGACACGUGUGUUCGAGUGCAUCAUGCGUGGCCAUCGUGCACAAACCUACUUUUACCUUCAUGUUUGUUGCGAAUUGAGGAGUGCAGCCUAAACCAAGCAUAUGCAAUCCUGACAACUGCGCAACUGUUCGAACCGCCAAUCAGUAGAGACCGCAUGGGUCGUGAUGCAUCCGCGUGCACAGGUGUACUUAGUGCGGCCCAUGGCUGCGCGCGUGACUGUGGGUUCAGACUUUACUCAACUUUAUUCUUGUGACCGUAAUAAGUCCGUUGGCGCAGUCCUUGAGGAAGGCUGAAGACAUGUAUGGGACGUUGUUUGCUGCGUGUGCGCUGCACCGCGAAAGCCACGCGUGCCUCAGGGACCACACGUAUGGGAAGCCCGCACCACAUAGCAGGACUCAAGACUCUGUGUUGACCAGAGGGAGACGUGGACACGUGUUUACAAGUAGGCAAUGAGCAUACGCUAAGCUAUUACGGGAGGUGAGCGGGAAAUGCAGCGGGGCGCGAGGGCUGGGGAAGAAUGCCAAUGCAUCCAGUUUCGCAAUGCGCGUGGGUAUUAAGAAGAAGAAAGGCUGUCGCCAUGGCAGGUGAGCUGCAGGGUGAACAGUAGAGGGCGCCGAGGCAUGUCGCCGUUGUUGCGCUCCAAGGUUGGGAGCCCAGACAUGCUGCAAAAGCAUGCAUCUGCGCACCCAAGGCGUCGUUCCACAUGCAUGGCCCCUGGGCAGAGUGUGAACGAAGGUGUAAAUCAGACCCUGC